AUGUCUUGGUACUGGAACAGCCACGGAUUACCGUUCUUACCUGGAAACUCUUUUCGAGAUGUCACGAAGUGUGCCUUCCAUCGAUCACAGACUCUCCACUACAAGAACGGUUUCGCUCUGCCCCAUCGCCCCGGGGAUGAAAUAGGAAAGGAUGCUCAUCUGUCAGAGCAGCUGCUCCAGCAGAAGAUCAACACGCUGACCUUGAUGACACCGGACGUGAGGUUGGAAGCCCUUUACAAGAUGGCACCUGAAGAGUUCGUACCAGCUCACGUGACCUUAGACAAGAAGGUGCUGCGCUUCUAUGGAUACUUUCAGCAGGACGUCCUGUUUUCACCUGACGAGGUGUACCGCGUGCGUCCUGUGAUGAUAUACUACUACCUGGAGGAUGACAGCAUGCUCCUCUUUGAGCCCAGAGUGAAAAACACUGGGUUACUGCAGGGGAGACUGUUGAAACGGCAGCGUGUGCCCCAUAAAGAACGUGGAGACCACUACCAUUAUAAAGACCUCAACGUUGACAUAGACCUGGAUGUGUACGGGGUCACUUUCCACAUCACCCACUGUGAUGAGUUUACAAAGGAGUUCAUGAAAAGUGAGGGAAUCAUUUUGAACGACCCUCGGCCGAUGCCAGUUGACCCUUACACCAACGGACGAAAAGUUCCUGAGUCUUGCCACAUCACACCCUCACAAUUCGACCAAACACACCAGUUUCUCACUAUGGACGGCAAGGUGUUGCGUUUCUACGCCCUGUGGGAUGACGCUCACCGUCUGUACAGGGAAACCAGGACCGUUAUCAUCCACUAUUACCUGGCCGACGACACAGUGGAGAUCAGAGAGGUCCAUGAACAAAACAGCGGUCGUGAUCCCUUCCCGGUCGUGAUGUGCCGACAGAGGCUGCCCAAGACACUCAAACCCAAGCCCUUCCCCAGCUGUGUGCUGGAGGUCUCAGAGGAUGAGGUGGACGAGUACUUCUCACCCACAGACUUCCAGGUGGGUCAAACAAUGAAGCUGCUGUCCCGUUCCUUCUUGCUGUACGACUUCGAUGGCUUCACUAAAGAGUACUUCCAGACUAACCACCCUGAGAUGGAGAUGAAACCCAUUAAAGUUCCAAAGAAGGUUGACAUAUAUCACAACAGGAAGAGGGACGUUCCUCCCUACAAUGGCUUUGGUUCACUUGAAGAUUCUCUCCAGAAUUGUUUGUAUCUGAUUCCCAAGCCUCCGAAGAAGGAUGUGAUCAAGAUGCUGGACAACAACCUCAAAGAGCUGCGCUACAGUGCCACCCUGAACUCAAAGUAUCCCGUGGACAAUUCCCGACGUUUCAUUCUGACCUACUACCUGGCCAACGACAUGAUCAGCAUUUUUGAGAAGCCCGGUCGCAACUCAGGAAUGAUCGCUGGCAAGUUCCUGGAAAAGAUGCGCAUCCCCAAGCCGGGCUCGACUCUGGAGAAUCUUGACUUCUACUCACCAGCAGACUUUGCCAUUGGAGCCAAGGUGGAUGUUUUCGGACACCGCUUUGUGCUGACCGAUGCCGACCAAUAUGUCCUCACAUAUCUGGAGUCCAUAUCAAACCCCUUAGAAAUCCCUUCUGAGACGCUGGACUCUCUGCGUCAGAAGCUGGGUGAAGGGGCAGCGAAAUAA